GCAGACAGCCUGUCCUCUCUCUCCUUUUACUGGUAUAUCUUGGUAACAACACUAAAAACAACUGCUGCUUGCUUAAACAAUGGUUCUAUCCGAUGAGGCGGAAGAACCUCUUGUCCUUCCCACUACCUCCUACCCACCGAGCUCGCCUCGAUCAAAACGACGUCCCACCACCAACUGGUUCACAACAUCUCGCCGACGAAUCGUCAUUUACAUCGGGGGAGCUGCACUCGUCAUCUUCAUUCUACAUCAAGCAUUCGGUCGACGAUGGACGACAAGUGAUCCUGCCUGGGGAAUGCCCCCUGGUCCCGAGUCCGCUUAUGGCGGACCAGUUGUCGCAGGCAACCAGGCCAACCCAACAGAUGAUUGUCGACCAGCACUUGGAUACCCAACAAUACAGGAGGUAACGGAAACGUGGCCAUUGGACCGCCUGCAACACAUGGUGGACGAGACCAAAGGAUACUAUGCAAGAGAUUAUAGUUUGUGGCUGGGUUGGAACAACAUCCGGUACAUUAUCGAAGCCGGACUUCUGCAGGCCGGCCUCCUGAAUCGUACCCUUAUCGUACCCUCUUUCGUUUAUGCACGGCAGUGCGAAUUUGGCCUAGAUGUAUGCGCGGCUUUCGUAGAGAUGGUCAAUCGUGGAGACGCCAUUGGCUGGGAUGAAUGGAGGCAGUGGCCCAUAGAGAAGCAGAUGGGAUGGAAAAUCCCUAUUGGAAUGAUGAUUGACCUGAACCAUCUGCGCGAGACGCACGCCGUGGUGACGAUGGCUGAAUAUCUCAGGCUGCGUGGUCUGUCACCUGACCUUGAGAAAGGAAACGGUCAGUGGAGCGAUGACACCUACAAACUGCAUUCGCGAGCCAUUCCCAAUAAUCGGUGGGAUCCUUCUGGAGUGGUUCGUGUCGAGCAGCAGCGCUCACCAUUUGUGCUCGACGAGUCGAACCCCGACUCGCUCGCCGCAUUUGAAGCGCGUGAUAGAGUUAAGGAGAAGAUCGAAGAGAUGAUGCAGGGUCAUUCGCAGAAUGUCCUUGAUUGGGAAUUUGUCCAGCAGGCGAUUCGGUCUUUCGGUCUGGACGACGAUGAUAUAAAGAUAGAGCUCUUUUUGCGCGCGGGUGGAUUCGAAGUCUUGCACACUUACCAGGGAGCUCGAGGGUUUGACCUGAUCAAGAGCGUCGUCACACCAAUCAAGCAAGUUGCGCGUAUGUCUGAAGUACAUGGAAUCAUUGAUGACUUCGGUUCGUGGACCGACGAGGUUGUUCACCUGGAGGGCGAAGUGCAUCUGUAUCGCAAACCGGGCAACUUGCGCUUCACAAGUGUCGCCAACUUGCAAUUUUUCACUCGAACAGUACUAUACAAUCUUCGCUCAUUACCAGAGGUUUCUGCAUUGGCAGAUCGCGUUGACCAGCGCAUGAAAGAGAGAACUGAUGGUCGUAUGUGGAGUGCCGCUCAUGUUCGUCGCGGAGACUUUGUUACCUACGGGUGGACCGAAAACAGCCUGGAGAAACAUAUCGAAAUCGUCAAGAAGAAACUGAGCCGAGCACCUUCCGUCUGGAAUGACAUACGCAACGGCCAGCAAGCUCAUACGUUCGAUAUACCAGACGCCCAUCUGAAUCCUGCCAUGUUUGAAGGGCAAAUUCCCCAAAAUGACGACCCAUUCUACAUUGCGACCGACGAGCGGGACCCCGCUGCACUGGACUACAUUCGCUCACAGGGAGGUGUGCUGAUUAUGGAUUUGCUGAAACCCGAGGACCGCAACAUCGUAGGCUGGCCCUUACUGAUCACCGACAUCCUCGCACUUGCGGAGCAACAUGUCAUGGCUCGUGCUGCCUUUUUUAACGGCUAUGCGGCGAGUUCAGUAGCGGGUGGCGUGUUGAAUCUGCGCGCAGUUAAUGGAUGGGACCCUCGGACGACGAACGUGGAGUAAAAUAUGAAACGGAGCGGCUCGAUACAUUUGCCUAUUGAUAUCCUGUGCCCUUUCCACCACAGUGUAACUAUACAAUGCC